AACCCAGAGCGGCGGCCAGGACUUUCACGGGGGCGGGACAGAGUCUUUUCUAGGCGCAUGCGCUAAACCUGUUUCUCGGCGCCAUUUUGUCUGGGCUGCGGUGGCCGCAGAUCUAUCGCGUUUCAUGUUUGUGGAGAGACGAUAGGGAAGUCCUUCUUCCUUAGUUUCUAUUUAGUGCGGCACCCGUCCGCGGUUCCCUCCAGAACAAGACCUAAUGAAGAUCGGAGGAAUCGCAGGUCUGUUUGAAAGUUGGUCUGAAGAUAACAGGACCUCUCAGGAAGUGUUAACUGAGAGAGAGGAAGGAGGAGAGAGAAACAUUAGUUGCCUCUCAUAUACACUGCAACCUGGGUGAAGCUUUCCAUGAUAUCUCUACAACUGUGGUCCCUUUAUGAAUGAUAAAAAUAAAAGCAAAUAAGAUGGCUCUAGUUGCGCUUAGUUGUCUUGAACUUCAUUUGAAACAAUUUUGUUAAAUUGUGUUGUGACAGCUGAUAUAUCAGCAUGCAUUUUAAAAAAAUAUCUAAAUUGGUGAAUUUUGCGUAGCCAUUUUAAUACUGAAGAUGAAAGAAAAUAAGCACCAUUUUCGGCAUAUUAUGCUUUUUUAUUUCAAGAAAGGUAAAAAAGCAACUGAAACACAAAAAAAGAUUUGUGCAGUGUAUGGAGAAGGUGCUGUGACUGAUCGAACAUGUCAAAAGUGGUUUGCAAAGUUUCGUGCUGGAGAUUUCUCUGUGGAUGAUGCUCCAAGGUCGGGUAGACCAGUUGAAGUUGAUAGCAAUCAAAUCAAGACAUUAAUUGAGAAUAAUCAACAUUAUACCACACGAGAGAUAGCUGACAUACUUAAAAUAUCCAAAUCGAGUGUGGAAAAUCAUUUGCACCAGCUUGGUUAUGUUAAUCGCUUUGAUGUUUGGGUUCCACGUAAGUUCAGCGAAAAAAACCUUCUUGACCGUAUUUCUGCAUGUGAUUCUCUACUUAAACGUAAUGAAGAUGUUCCAUUUUUAAAACAAAUUGUGAUGGGUGAUGAAAAGUGGAUACUUUACAAUAAUGUGGAACCAAAGAGAUCACGGGGCAAGCAAAAAGAACCACUACCAACCACACCAAAGACUGGUCUUCAUCCAAAUAAGGUAAUGUUGUAUAUAUGGUGGGAUUGGGAGGGAGUCCUCUAUUAUGAACUUCUUCCAGAAAACCAAACAGUUAAUUCCAACAAGUAUUGCUCCCAAUUAGACCAACUGAAAGCAGCACUUGAUGAAAAGCGUCCAGAGUUAGUCAACACAAAACGCAUUAUUUUCCAUCAGGAUAACGCAAGACCACAUGUUUCUUUGAUGACCAGGCAAAAACUGUUACAGCUUGGUUGGGAAGUUCUGAUUCAUCCGCCGUAUUCAUCAGACAUUGCACCUUCGGGUUUCCAUUUGUUUCGGUCUUUACAAAAUUCUCUUAAUGGAAAAAAUUUCAAUUCCUUAGAAGACUGCAAGUGUCACCUGGAAAAGUUCUUUGCACAAAGAGAUAAAAAGUUUUGGGAAGAUGGAAUUAUGAAGUUGCCUGAAAGAUGGCAGAAAGUGGUGGAACGUAAGGGUGAAUAUGUUAUUUAAAAACUGAGCAAACAUUUUGGCCAACCUGUUCUAUAACCACUUUUCUUUUUUAGAUACCAAGGUUAUUUAUCAAGGUUUACAGUAAUCAGUAGGUUAUCACUGUUUCAUAAAAAUAAAUUUGUAGCCUUGUCCAAAGUAAAACGUCCCAGCUUUUUUUUUUCCUCAGAGGCUUAUCUGUCUCAGUAGUGUAGUUGCAUAAUGCACUAAAACUGAACCUAGGUGAUUAAACCUGUAGUGUAUGAAAAUGCUGGGUUUAUCAGCUUUUAGGUUUAUCUGAUGUUAACGGUAUAUAUACUAGUUGCCUUAGGUUCUCAAAUUCAAGUUUCUUUAUAACCACUCUUUUAAAAUGGGUUAUUAGUUACAGUGAUAUGAAUAAGAAUUCCUCUCCUCACAGUACAAUAAUAGGAGAUCCAUAUACUGUUCUUACGUUAGAAGUUUGCAAAAAUAGAACAGGGGGCCAUAGGUUGGCUUUGGGAUCGUCAGCUUAGUAAUUAUCUCUCUAUAGAUAGAUCCAGCUUAAAAUUGUGUUGGUGUUUUGGCCAAGGCCAACACUGGUUACUCUUGAGUUAAAUGUAUGAGUUGUAAAAUAUAAUAGGCAAUUUUAUAUAAAAUAAGCCAUGGCAAUGAAAUUGGUUUUGGCUUAUUUGUAUAGUAGUUAGCUAUUGAAGUACAGUGAUUGGCUUUUUGAACUACUCAAACCCAGAAGUAUCCCGUUGCUAGACUCAGUAACUAGAUUACCUUCCUAGGAAAAGUACGACAGUUGAAUGGAGUGAUACUGGCAUGAGCCCAACAAAGGGUGUGUUCACUUGGUAUAUUGGCCUGAAUUCAAAUUGUUUCUUUAAUGCUGUAGAUGCUACUGUUCAGAUUAUAACAGUUCUCACAGGCCAUGAUUCUGAAUAUUCCUUAGUAGCAAUUCUUUUUACAGAGUACUUCCACAUAGAUUUGCAUUUAUUUUUUAGCAUAAAAUAUGGGCAUUUUAAUUUUACAGACUGAGAAGUUUAAGUGACAGAAUAGCAAUUUUGUGGAUAUUUAAGUCUACAAUAAAAUGAAAAAAAAAAAAAAAA